AUGGGACUCCCAUUCUACCGUUCCCCCUCAAGCGAGGCCCUUCGCCGUCAGGCCGCAGACCAAGCGGCAAACCAACAACAGCAACCCGACCCGCGCCGCGCAAGGUCCGGCGCCCCUCCCCCUCCUCUCCGUCGCGAAGAUGCCCAGCGGCUCUUCCCCCAAACCACCUCCGAGGCUGCGACAGGUAGUCAAGAGCGGCCUAUCGACCUAACCCGCCGCGCCCUCGAAGUCGAGGCUCAACGUCGCCCUGCUCCCCCUCCCCGCCUUGACGCCCCUAUUCCGUCAACAGAGGACGAAGAGAGUGACGCGGCGGCAAGUGCCGCUUUGUACAGAUACAGCCGCACACGCUUCGACUCCAGCGAGUUGGCCACCCCCGCCGACGAGGAAGAACUCCGCCUCCCGGACUACGGCACUCCGGAUGUCGACUGGUCGACUCCCGAGAUUGAGGCUGCCAGUACCCAUCCCCGCCCUGCCCAGUCCUCACCUCCCCCUCCCCAGCCGCAGCAGCGCCAGCAACAACCAGAGGCAGGCCCAUCCCAAGCCGGCACAGGACAGCAAGAGCGACAGGCAAGCGGCGGUCGCGAGACAUUCGUCCAGGUCACCGUGGACGAGGGUCGGGGCCCACUGGUCCAAGUUCGGGGCGGAGAAGGACAAUCUAUUCCUCCCUCGCGUCGUCUCCCUCUUCCUCGUCCCUCUGACGCGACGAUCCGAGGUCCUCGUCGGCAGAGGCUGGGACAGUCAAGCGCGUCGAGCCAAGGCACCAGCAGUCAGUCGAGCAGGAGCAGUGGAAGCCGUUCCCCUGUUUGA